GCCUUUUCAACACUCGAACAAACAGAGUUGCUCCAGCUUGAUUUCCAUUCUAUGUACACUUCUAUCUCUUUCUACAAGUUAGUGUCAACACCAGAUAAACGUAAAUGGAGGACCACCAUCCACCACCGAAACGAGUGGUGGUUUGCGGCGGCGGAGUCAUCGGAGUCUGCACCGCCUACUUCCUAUCCAAAAAAGGUGUCGCCGUAACCCUUGUCGAAAAAUCAUCCAUUGCCUGCGCUGCCUCGGGCAAAGCCGCUGGAUUCCUCGCCCUCGAUUGGUGUGACGGUGGUCCACUCUCGAAACUCGCUCGUGCCAGCUUCAAUCUCCAUCGUUCGCUUUCCCAAGAACUCAACGGCCCACAAUCAUACGGCUACCGUCCCCUCACCACUCUCAGCCUCUCCAUCACCGAGUCGUCUUCUUCAUCAUCCUCCCAAGAGCCCCACAAAAGCCCUAGCAGAAAUCUUCCUUCGUGGGUUGACGGCCCAGCUAAAGGCCCAAGAACUAUUGGGACAACAGAAACCACAGCCCAAGUUCAUCCUCGACUGUUCACUAAAACACUAUUGUCAAAGGCGGUUGAGGACCAUGAGGUUGAGGUGGUGAUUGGAAAAGUAGAGACGGUGGAAGUGGAGAGUGGAAAAGUUAGGGCGGUGGUAUUGGAGGAUGGGAGAGAGAUUCAGGCCGAAGCAGUGGUGCUGGCUCUUGGGCCGUGGACAAGUAAAUUGUCCCUUUUGGAUUCGAUUUUUAGGGUUUAUGGGCUUAAGGCCCAUAGUGUAGUGUUACAGCCCAAAGAGCCUGAUGCUAUUACACCUCAUGCUCUUGUUUUGAGUUAUUAUUCAGCUCAGGGAGGCAAGCCCCUCAACCCUGAAGUGCAUCCUCGUUCCACAGGGGAAGUGUACUUAUGCGGAAUGUUAACUGAAGCCGAUGUCCCAGACGAUCCAGAACAGGUGGCCCCUAACCCAGAAUCGAUACGGGUGCUUAAGAGAGUGGCUAAGAACGUAUCAAGCCAUUUGGAAGAAGGGGAAGCAACAUUGAAGGCCGAGCAAGCUUGCUUUUUGCCGUGUACCGACGAUAGUGUACCGGUUAUCGGUCAAGUACCGGGAGUGAAAGGGUGUUUUGUGGCAACUGGGCAUAACGCUUGGGGGAUUCUAAAUGGUCCGGCAACCGGAGUUGCUGUGGCUGAGCUUGUGGUGGAUGGUCGUGCUAGUAUUGUUGAUCUUACUCCUUUUAAUCCAGUCAGAUUUGUUGGUGGGAAGAGGUAGAUUAGUAUGAGAAUGCAGCUAGUUCAACUGUAUCUCCCAGCUCAUCAGAUGAUUCCACUGAUCACCAUCUAGCUCAGCCUCUUCUCCAGCUCAGCAUGAUCACGUAGAACACACUAGAAGGAUCUAGCAGAGCUCACUAGAAGAAUCCUGAGGCAUAUGGAAGUUGGUAGUUAGUUAGGAAAAUUUCUCUUAUGUGUAAAGCAUUUAGAUGAAUAAGUUUGGUGUGCACUUGUAGCUAGUAUAAAUACAGAUAUAUGUACAGCAAUGAGAAUAAUUCUCUUCUUCAUUUUUUCUCUCCUUAACCUUCUGCACCUUGUUCUUAAGAUUUU